AUGUCGACGCGGGUUCCCUUUAGAUCUGAGCCCAAUUCAAACCGCAUUUUCAUCGAUCUCACAGACAGCGAUGAUAAAGAGGUACCGGUUUCAACAAUCCCAUUUGUGACUACUUUGGGACACAGAUCACCAGCAAAGGUCCAAACCACUGUUCCAUCCAAGAGAAGCUUGGACCCAUCCGACCAAUCAUCAGAUGUGUCCAACGAUGAACCCAUUUCGGCUGGACGCGCACGGAAGCAGCGUCUCUUCCACCCGCAUGAUGCGACACCAAGCCCACCUUUACCAAAAGUCAGCGUUGUGAUCCCCUCGCCAACUACACACCAGCGACGUCAAAUUGCGUUGGCUUCUUCGAUCUCAUCCCCGUCCACUAAUGGCAUGUCUGUUGAUUACUAUCCGACCAAUGAAGAGGAAGAAAGGGUGCUCAAGGCUGAUUACCCUCUUCCACGUGAACGACGCGCAAUCAAUCGCAAAGAUGUCCUAUUAUCGUUCAAGUCAGACGCAGCAUCAACCUUGAAAUUGGAUUCACCUGCAGCUGGACGUCAUCUCGCAAAACUACAUGCAAAUCUCCAGGAAAAGCUUGAUGGCAUUCAAGGACCUCCCAUCACUCCGGUUGUUUCAUGUCCCAAACUUCUCGCCAAAUUAGCCGAUAACUUUGUUUUCAUUAACGAAUAUCAAUACCGUGCGGGUGUGGUGCCUCUCUCGGAAGAUUUCAUUUGUGGCUGCACUUGUGUUAAUGGGUGUGACCCAGCCCAAUGUGAUUGCAUUGCUCAAGAAGAGGAGACUGAUGGCCUUAUUGUUCCUUAUGAAAGGUGUGAUAAGAACCCAAAUCUCUUUGUCAUUACCCAAGAGUUUUUGCAUCGCAAGUCUAUGAUCUUUGAGUGCACUUCAAGUUGCAAUUGUCAGGGCGAGCGUUGUUGGAACCAUGUGGUUCAAAAGGGAAGGACUGUGAAACUGGAGAUAUUUGAUACUGGUCCCCGAGGUUUUGGGCUCCGUUCCCCCGACCCCAUUCACGCCGGUCAAUUUAUCGAUCAUUACCUUGGAGAGGUGAUUACAAAAGCCGAAGCUGACGCUCGGGAGGCUUGGUCAGAGGGAACCCAUGCUCAGUCCUACCUAUUCGACCUGGACUGGUGGGUUGGAUUUGAGGAUGUGAAUGAAGAAAACAUCAACGUGAUUGAUGGUCGGAAAUUCGGGUCAGCAUCGAGAUUUUUGAACCACUCAUGCAAUCCCAAUUGCAAAAUCGUGGCCGUGUCCACCAAAAACCACAGUGACAAGAGACUCUACAACCUCGCCUUUUUUGCCUAUCGUGAUCUUCCCCCCGGCACAGAAUUGACAUUCGACUACAACGCCAACGCCGGAACAGAGAACUCAACUCCACAGAAGAUCGAUCCAGACGCGGUACCCUGCCUAUGUGGCGAAGAAAACUGCCGUGGCCAACUUUGGCCCAAUCAACGCAAGGUACGAGGCGUUUAG